AUGACUGAAAAGAAAUCUUUGAAUAGCCUCAUUAUUCAUCCAGACAUUGAACCCGGUGUUAUAGAUAAUGCCAUGCUGACACGAUGCAUUCUAGAAUACGGGCCAACUGAAGAAGCGGGAAGACUAUUCGCGGAAGAAGGUGUCCAUUUAGACGAGGCAACAAUAGUUCGACUUGAAUUUCAAAACAUUUUAAGAAUAGAUCAUCUUUGGAUGUUAAAAUCACUUACAAAACUAACUUUAGCGCAUAAUUUGAUUGAAAAAAUAGAAAAUCUUGAAUUGUUAACAGGCCUAAAUGAGUUAGAUUUGUCUUUUAACAAAAUAGAAAAAAUUGAAAACUUGGAUGCAUUAGUAAAUUUAGAAGUUUUGACUUUGUUUCACAAUAAAAUAAGGAAGCUAGAAAAUUUAGACACGUUAACGAAACUACUCGUGUUUAGUAUUGGAGACAAUUUAAUUGAGGAUUAUAAAGAGAUGGCGUAUUUGAGAAGAUUUCGGUUUCUCCGAUCUGUAAGUUUCAAGGGUAACCCUUGCUGUGACGAUCCUAUGGCUUAUCAAUUUCUCAAGUCGGCGUUGACUAAAGUCACUUAUUUGGAUUACAAAAUAAUUACGGAGGAAGAAAGAGAAAGCGGUGUUGCUUUAUUUAGGGGUUUGUUACGAAGGUUAGACGAAACCGAUGAAAAAGCUGAAAAAGAAAGAAUAGCUAAAGAGGAAUACGAAGCAAAAGUCGAAUUCUAUGCGCUAUCCUUUGUGGAAUAUCUCAGUGGUCCUGAAUUACUGGACUCAAUGUUCGAGAAGGAUCCCGAUGGUUCAUUACUGCUUAAGCUCGGUGGCGAACUGUUGAAUUUCUACGAAGACUACAAAGAACAAUAUGUGGAGACUAUGGCAGGGUUAGUGGAGUACGCACAAAGCGCCUACAACGCGAGGCAGGUAGAAGUGAAGUUGUUCAGAGAUCUGGUGGACAAUGCACUCGCUGACAGCGUUAGUAAGAGUAAAGAGAUAGUAAAAAAGUUUGAAGAAAAGAAGGUAGGGCUCGUAAAUCAAAUGAACGAAGUAAUCGCAAAGUUUAUGACCAAGCAAGCGACACUGGAAGAAUUGGAGCCUAACAUUGUGGACCUCGGGGAGGCCUUCAAUGACUCCUUGUACGAAAUGUGGAAGAAUCUGAUGACUAUAGAAAUGCAGCUGUAUGAACAAUGUGAGGAAUCGCGCACGCAAUUCGCAGUGAACCUGACAGAGAUGAUAACUAAACUUCUGGAGGUAUCUCGCGGAGCGUUCGGGUCGUGGCGCGAAAGCGAGCUGGUGUGGUCGACGCGACAGAGCGACCACCUCUCUAAGCUUGUCGGUAAUAAAGUGUUGUUAGGUGAUGCAACGCCGGAACUGUUUGAGGUGAUGAUGGAUCGAGAAACGAUGAUGAACCUUGUGGCUCAAUCGUCUGACAAUCAUCUGCGAUUUAUUGAUGCUCGUGAGGACCUGUUGAUGACGCGGGCCAAUAACUGGCGUGAUCACCUUGUAACCGGUACUAAUGACAAUGAAAUAAAAAGGAAUAGAGAUAGAAUACUGGAGAUUAAUUACUUCAUCGACAAUCAGAGAGAGGCGUGGACCGACAUGCAGAUGAGUAUGACAGAGGCUGUGGACCCCGAGGCGGCGGCUCUACUCGGAGAUGAUUACUAAUA